AUGAAUGAUUUCACUGCAACUUCAUAGCGAUUGCCAUGCUUUAUUUAUUAUUGCCUUCCACAAUAUAAUAAAUUGUAUAAGGUUAUAUUGCCAGAGUAUAUUUAAAUAUUUUAAAAGAUUAAUAAUAUUUAAGAAGACAGUAUCAAGGCUCCUGUAAACGCAUUACAUAUUAUAUUAAAUAAUUAUAGACAUCUGAUAUUGCCGUGAAUUGACAAUGUUAAUUUCAAGGUGUUUCUUACGCAUCAAUGCACUGCGUGCAACUACAGUGACACCAUUACCUCAUGUACAAACACGUGACAAUUGGACUAGUAGGAGACCAAGUGCAAUUGUAAAUGAAAAUGAAGUAUUUGGAGAUGUAGAGCACUCUCCAAAAAUUAAUAUUCGAAACAGAGGUUUAAAUGUUAAAAGGCAGAAACAAAAUCAUGUUGAAGCAAGAAGCGAAACAGAAUCUACUAGUGACAAAACUUUGGAUGAAGGAUUACCUCAUUUUCAAAAACUAGAUCAGGAUAACAACAUAAUACCAUCAUUAAUGAUACAAAUUAAAUCUCGCAAAGCACGGACUAAAGUUGACCAAAUCCUUCUUGAAGGCCAUCGUCAAAUUAAGGAUGCUCUUGAUGCUGGCAUGAUACCUGAAAUAAUUAUUUUCAGUAGAAAAACAGACCUUAUGAAUUUGCCGUUGCCACACGAAGGGAUAAAGAUAUACAAAGUUCCAUACAAAUCUAUUCAGUUAUGGUCCAAUUUAACCACAACACCUGGUCUUAUGGGAAUUUUCAAAACACCCAAUUUAGAUGACAGGGAAUCUAUUCCAGGAGCAAUACCGCUAACAAUAAUUUGUGACAACGUGCGAGAACCAGGAAAUUUAGGUUCCAUUCUAAGAGCUGCUCUCGGUGUUGGAUGUCAUAAAGUUAUUUUAACAAAAGGGUGCGUUGAUCUAUGGGAGCCUAAAGUCCUAAGAAGUGCAGCAGGUGCUCAUUUUCGUUUGUUAAUCAAAAAAGCAGAAAGGUGGGAAGACAUCGAGUCGCUGAUUGAUACGGAUGCAAAUGUUUUUAUCGCUGAUAACAUUGUAAACAUGAAAAGUAAUGCAGAUGAAUUGGAUUCGAAAAUAAAAAGCGAGAUGCCAUCGGAGGAAACGAGCAUCAACGAAGAUGAUGACAACGUGAAAACUAUAAAUCCGCAAGAGGGUCAAUCAUUGUCGGUGUCAUCAGAGUUCAUUCAACCCCGAAAUACAAAUUCUCGAAUAUUAAGGGAUAUUAUUAAUAGUCUACCACUGUUACCUUAUUACGCAAUGAAUUACACACAAAAACACAACAUCCUGAUAAUUGGUGGAGAAACAGAAGGUAUAAGUUACAAUUCAUACCGAUUCACUAAAUUGCAAAAUGGCGUCCGCGUAAAUAUACCACUAACUGCGGGAGUCGACAGUUUAAAUACAGGAAUGGCAUUAGGUAUAGUGGCUUUCGAAGUAAAAAGACAAUAUAUAAUUGGAGGUAAUUCCAAUAAAUAAAUAAAUAUUAAUACAGUCUA